AUGAGCCUCAACAGUGCACAAGGCCCUCCCGGGUCCGGAGGGGGCGACCAUCACGGCUCCAGCGAGGACUCAACGUCAGAUUAUGCCGAGACCGUGGACUUUUCCGAGUUCACAUCCAUCGACACCGCCCAGAUGGUUCACAGAUACAAAAACGGGAGGCGGUAUCAGGGCUGGUUUGACGAACGCUAUGGACUGCCAAACGACGACACGGAGCAGGCCCGCGAGCACCUCAAACACAGGGUCUACUCCGACUAUCUGCUCAACGGCGACUACUUUAUCUCACCGAUCGGCAACAACCCCCAGAAAAUCGUCGAUCUGGGCACCGGCGCCGGCUUCUGGCCCAUCGAUGUGGCCGAGAGAUACCCGAGUGCUCGUGUCAUUGGCAGCGACAUUUCUGCCAUCCAGCCUCCUUGGACACCGCCAAACGCAGAGUUUCGCGUGGAAGAUCUCGACGACGAGAACCGUCCGUGGACGAGAAUCUACGCCGGUGCAGACCUCAUCCACACAAGAUCCGUCAUACAGACGGUCCGCAACCCCGAACUGUUUCUGCAGAGAGCUUUUGAGGCCUUGAAACCUGGCGGCUGGAUCGAGUGUCAUGAUCUCUUCAUCCCCCUUACCUGGGAAGACGGCACGCCCGCAAUCGACCAUCCCGUCCAACGCCUCUACGACCUCGUAAACGACGGCCCCUUUUCGCGAAAGUACGGCUGGCAGCUCUACUUCCCCCCGACGCUGCCCCAGGUCCUCCGCCAGAUGGGCUUCGUCAACGUCCAGGAGCAGCACACGCCCAUCCCCGUCGGCCGAUGGUCGCGCCGGUCACGAGAGCGCGAGAUGGGCAUGUUUAACCAGGACAACCUCAUCGACUGGACCGCCGCCCUGCUCAUCCGACACGAUGACCUGGGCAUCACCGAGGAAGAGGCGAGACAGCUGUGUCAGGAGACGCUCAUGGCCAUGGACAACACCAAGCUCCAUGUCCGGCUCGACUGGGGCAUUGUCUGGGCUCAAAAACCGUUAUGA